UCUUUUUGUUUCGUUCACAACCCUGGUAAUCGGACCAAUUUCUGAAAACUAUUCGGGAUAACAUUUCGUUAAGAAAUUCGUAGCUACAAAACCACAAUAAGUAUACAGAAUGGUUGUUGGCCUAAAACAAUAGGACUGCGACCUACACACACCUUUGUAUAAACGUCGACCAAAUACUUAAAUAUUUGUCUACUAUAAAACAUCUGAUUUUUAAAACGGAUAUCAGUAUAAAGUGUAUAACUAUUUCCAACAAAAUAAUGAACGGCUUGGCCAAUAGUAAUGAUGACUCCGUAGAGUGUCCAUUGUGUAUGGAACCCUUGGAAGUCGAUGAUCUGACUUUUUUUCCAUGCACUUGUGGAUACCAAAUUUGUCGAUUUUGCUGGCACAGAAUUCGUACCGACGAAAACAAACUAUGCCCAGCAUGUCGGAAAGAAUAUCCAGAAAAUCCAGCUGAUUUUAAACCCCUUACACAAGAAGAAAUGAUUGCCUUUAAGUCCCAGAAGCGGCAGAGGGACCAACAGCGCAAACAAAAGAUAACUGAAAAUCGGAAACACUUAGCAAACGUUCGUGUGGUUCAAAAAAAUUUGGUAUUUGUUGUUGGCUUACCGCCGCGACUUGCAGACGCCGACAUAUUAAAAAAACACGAAUAUUUUGGAAAAUACGGAAAAAUUCAUAAAGUGGUAAUAAACCCAAGUACAACCUACGCUGGAGUACAGGGCCCCUCGGCGUCGGCAUAUGUCACUUACGUACAUAAUCCGGAUGCACUGCGAGCUAUACAAAGUGUAAAUAAUAUAAUGAUAGAUGGGCGGCUAAUCAAAACCAGUCUCGGAACAACAAAAUACUGCAGCCAUUUCAUGAAGAAUCAACAAUGUCCCAAAGGCGACUGUAUGUACUUACAUGAGUUGGGUGACCCGGAAGCUAGUUUUACCAAGGAGGAAAUGCAUCAAGGAAAGCAUCAAGAUUAUGAAAAACGACUACAUGAUGUGUUAAUUGCAACUUCUGGGGUAAACAAUGUGUCUGGAAUUGGGGUAUCUGCCAAUGGUGCAAAUGUAGGUGGAAGCGGAUCUUCAAAAGCAAACGCUUCGGUAGCGAUGUCGUCAUCAUCAUCUUCGACAUCUUCAGUAUCAAUUACAAAUACUUCUACUUCAGCAAAUUCACAGCAAAAAGAGUCGUGGCCGAGCUUGUCAGUUUCACCUAUCAAUAGCAAGGAAACUUUAGGAAGUGCCUCCAAUGGGAAUGGAAAAAGUAGAAAGGAAAAGUCUCGAAAUGAUAAAGGCCGUCAUGAAAAAAACAAAACUAAAAGCAAAACAAAUGCGUACGCCAAUUCUAAUACAUCCAACAAGGAAAACUUUAUUCCUGAUUCCAGGAGUAAUACACACACAACAUCUAUAACAACAGAUUCAACAGAAGACCCAGUUGCCUCUUCAACGAAAAUAGAAUUAGGUUCUGCCAGCAACCGACCAAAAACAGAGCGUAACAAGGAAAAGGGUUCUUCAAACCGUGCCUCUCUUGCAAAAGAGCAAAGCGAAAGUAAGGAAACAGUUCAAAACACUUCGGCUGAAGUCGAAAGGCAGUUGAAAAAUCCUGAUGAUGGUCCCAAUACAAGCAAAGAUAUGGGCACGAUCAAGCUCAAGGAAAGUACCAAAAAGUUUUCAUUACCACACAGGUCGGCAUCUAAUGUACAUCGCUCACUUAGCACUAGCAGUGAAAACAGUGAUGAUCACUUAUCCGAAAGCAGUACAAGUGAAAAGAGUUCGCCUGCAAAUUUGAAGACGCAAUCCAAUGGUUCAACUGAGGAUGUACACAAAGAUAUUGAGAUCGAUAGAAAUAUCGAAUUGGAAAGUGGAUCGGAUGAUGUUUUGUCAACAACAAAAACAGUUAACUUUCAUAAAAUGUGUGAUUCCAAAGUUAAAAACAGAGACGAAAAAAGUCCAGAUGGUACGGAAAUAUUAAAUAUUGGUGAAACUGACAGCACAAAGGAUGUAUCGGAUGCUCUGUUCAAAUUAAACAUGUUUGAUGACAGCAACAGCUUCUUCUCAUCGUCUCCCACAUUGCAGCAGUCACUACUUUUAAGAAACAAAGUAGACGGGGAUGUAAGGCAGCCUCAAGUAAACAGCGUAACAAAUUCACAUUUGCCAGAUUUGCUUAAUGGAAUUGAUGGAUACCAGAAUCCAGCGAACGCAAAUGAAUGGGAGGAAGCCUUUAAGAAUGUAAUGUUGCGCAACAACCGGCAAGUAGAAGAGCAAGUUCUGCAUCAGCAGCAUCUACAAAUGCAACAACAACAUCAUCAUCAACAAGUACUAAAACAGCAGGAAGAAUUUCUUCGCAUUCACGAAUUACAUAAAAGGAGCAAUUUAGCAAAUAAUGCUGGAAUUUCUCAUACCACUCACAAUGAUUUUCCAAGCCAUUAUUAUAGUGCUGAUAAUGAGGCGAAUAGAACCCAAAUUCAUGCAGCAGUGCAUCCACAGCACAUCGUACAGCAACCCGAUGAAAAUCCUAACUAUGUAAAUAAUAUAUUCGGCGGAAAUAUGUCAAAGUUUUUCGACUUUCACAAAAGUCAACAACAAAUACACCAACAGUACAUCAAUGGACAAUCUCUGCUGAGUAAUUCCGAUUCUCAUCGAUUGGCUAUAUUUUUGGAGAAUAACCGUGCUAACCCUGCAGUUUUUGACAAUGGCAUUUUGGCCCAACAAUCGCUGAUGCAGAAACAAAGGCUUAUGGGAAAUUUCGAUAAAACAUCUUCAAACCAACCACAAAACUUACAUUCGCCACAAAAUCGGUUUUCACAAAGCUCUUUAGCGGACGAUGACCUAGGAUUCGACCCGUUUAUUGAAACACAAAAGGGAUUAGCAGAGCUAAUGGAAAAUGAAGUUGUUCAACAGAAUAUUAAUGGAAUUGCUGGACCAAAAUUACAGCAGCAAGCACAAGCUUCCCAUCAGCAACUUCUUGAUAAUAUGCAGCGCGCCCGAAUGCCUCCUCCUGGUUUUAAUCAUAUGAAUACCUUAGGAUUUGAAGGUGCAGCACGAGUACACUCGAGUAAACUUUUUCCUUUUAUUAAUAUGCCAAGCAACUCGGUUGGAAACAACGCUACCCAAGGAGAACAACAACAUCAAAUCCAACUGGCAACUAACUGGAACAAUCAUUUGGCAACAUUGCAUCAACAUCAAGGACAGCCUAUGAGUGACUCCCAUUUGCAGCAUCAAGUCGCCCAAACUAGCAUCCAAAAUAAAGGAUAUAGUAGCAAUGACUGGACUGCAAUGGAUCCAGCUAUUUUGUCUUUUCGGCAGUAUUCAUCUUUUCCGCAUCAAGCUCAAAUGCCACCUCAUCAACAACAACAACAACAAGACCUAUUUAUGCAACAUUUGGCUCAAAAUCACCAGCAAAACGGACAAGGUUUCGGUAAUCAAUCCCAACAAGUGCUUCCGGGUAUGAACGUGCCUAAUAAUAUGAUCAAUGGACAGUCGUCAUCUCAGACACAGGUAAACGCAAAUGUUCAGGGAAUGCUGGAGUUCUUAAAAAACCGCCAAUUUGUUUAAAAAUUAAUGUCUGAAUAUUAUAGAUUGGUUUACCUGUACUACUUAUAAAAUACUUAUUGUAAUACAAACAUAGUGAAAAAAUCGAAUAUAACA